AUGGAAGCCGAAUCGGAUAACCAAACCCCGGGCUCGUCUUCCACACCCUCGGUUCCAACGCCCUCGGUUCCAACGCCCUCGGUUGUAGCGGCCUUGCCUACACCACCCCCGCCUGGAAAGGACAGACAACAACAUGGAAAAGGAUACGACGAAGAGAAGCCCUGCGGCCAGUUCCAACAAAAAACCGCAGAUUGCACAUGUGAAUCACAUUCAACCAAUACGUACAACGAUUUCGAAAUUAUCGUCGACAGCAGGCCUACUGAAGGCCAAGCUCCCGUACCAAAAAAGAACCAAUUCACUAAAAGACCUGAAGUCUCAAAACUUGACAGGGUUCUUAACGAUGUGAGGGCCCAGCUCAUUGUUACGUAG